UUUUUUUUUUACGAUUCCACAUUGCUCUUCACAUUCUUCAUUCCAUUUAUUUUUCUUUCCAACACAUUAUUACAAGUACAUUCUAUCUCUCCUCAUUUUUUUCUUCAGCAUGUACGCCUCCCGCGCAAAAACAACAUUCUCCACCCUCACUUCUACUAUUAUAAAGCGUCCCUUUUACACGAGGAGGCUGCUUUCCUCGAGCCGCAAUGCUCAAAAGGACAAGAUUGUACCUGAAGUCACUCAGCCAUCCGCCCACAAUGUACUCUCAAAAACAACUUCCCCUUCUAAUGCCCCAACGGCCUCAUUGCUCAACAAGGAGUCAAUCGAGAAGUCUCAAAAGGAUCUCUCCGAUCAACUUGGAAGCAGUCAGGCGGGCAAAAUUCUUGCAACAUUGAACUCCUCCAAUCUAACAGGUCCUAAUGGUAAAGUCUUUACUGUAAGGCCAUUAACCUCAUGGAUUGACAAGCUUGCAAGUGAGCAUGGGUCUCCCGGUGCCCACUUUGUACCCAACAAUAACUUGGAUUCAUCUCAACAGCCAAAAAAGUAUCAGAAACGCGAACUGGUUCUCAAGUCUAUGGAGGAUUCUUACACAGAGAUCAUCCUACCCUUCAAGUCUGAUAAGGCACUUCUGGAGGAGUACAUCAACGUGGGUGGAACACUGAGGCACGGAAAGAUUAUGGAAGAUCUAGAUGCAUUGGCUGGGGCUAUUGCCUACAAGCAUGCGGAUGAUGGUAAACCCGAUAGCUCGCCCAUCACUAUCGUAACCGCCUCUGUUGACAGGAUUGAUUUGUUGAAGCCUUUGGGUGUUAGUGACAUUCGUCUCUCCGGUCACGUUACAUAUGUUGGAUACAGUUCUAUGGAGAUUUUUAUGAAGAUGGAAGAAAUCUCGGCAGAAAAGCCAGAAGAACGAGGUGAUACUAUCUUGGUCGCAAGAUUCACCAUGGUUGCUAGGGAUUCACUCACCGGCAAGGCUGCUCAAAUAAAUCCGAUGUUGCUCAGCAAUGACACUGAGAAAAAGUUGUACCAGAUGGGAGAAGAUCACAAGGCUAAGAAGCGCUUGGCAGCAGAUGCUGCACUGACAAAGCGUCCCCCAACAGAGGAAGAGCGUUUCUUGAUCCAUGACCUCUACCUAGAGUAUUCGGAAUAUGAAAACCCACAUUCCAAGACCAAAAAGCCGGAUAAUGUUGAAUGGAUGUCUGAUACGAAGAUGAGUGCCAUCCAUAUUAUGCAGCCCCAAGACCGUAAUAUUCAUGACAAGGUUUUCGGUGGGUACCUGAUGCGUUUGGCCUACGAACUUGCGUUUUGUAAUGCCUCGAAGUUUAUUUCAUCUCGCCCAACAUUCUUGGCUCUGGAUGAGAUUUCAUUCCGCAAGCCUGUUCCGAUCGGAACGUUCUUGGAGCUAGACUCCCAGAUUGCAUACGCAGAAGGCGGGGACCAUCAUUCAUUUCAAGUCAUGGUCAAAGCUGAUGUGUUGAACGUUAGUAAGAAAACCAGGGAGACGACCAACACAUUCUGGUUCACGUUCACGGAUCCAGUCAAGGGCACUCCCAAGAUCAUGCCCAAGACCUAUGCAGAGUCAAUGUUGUACCUUGAAGGCAAGCGUAGGAGGAUGAUUGGAAGCAAGCUGGCCGGUGUUAGUAGGAAAAACCUAGGUCUGCGGGACUAGGAAGAGGAAACGGUCAGGAUAUAUAUAAAAAACCUCUUUAGAC